CGAGGCCAUGGGCUGCGACGGCCGCGUGUCCGAGCUGCUGCGCCGCCACUUGCAGCCCACGCUCACCUACUGGAGCGUCUUCUUCAGCUUCGGCCUGUGCAUCGCCUUCCUGGGGCCCACGCUGCUGGACCUGCGCUGCCAGACGCACAGCUCGCUGCCCCAGAUCUCCUGGGUCUUCUUCUCGCAGCAGCUCUGUCUCUUGCUGGGCAGCGCCCUCGGAGGCAUCUUCAAGAGGACCCUGGCCCAGUCGCUAUGGGCCCUCUUCACCUCCACGCUAGCCAUCUCCCUGGUGUUUGCCGUCAUCCCCUUCUGCCGAGACGUGAAGGUGCUGGCCUUGGUCAUGGCACUGGCGGGGCUGGCCAUGGGCUGCAUCGACACGGUGGCCAACAUGCAGCUGGUGAGGAUAUACCAGAAGGACUCGGCCAUCUUCCUCCAGGUGCUUCAUUUCUUUGUGGGCUUUGGCGCUCUGCUGAGCCCCCUGAUCGCUGACCCCUUCCUGUCUGAGGCCAGCUGCUUUCCUGCCAACAGCACAGGCAACGCCUCCUCUAGAAGCCACUUGUUCCACGCUGCCCGGGUCCUAGGCCAGCACCAUGCAGGAGUCCAGCUUCAGCCCAACCAGACCUUCCCGGGAUCGGCCCCAAAGGGUGGGGCUGAGACCCAUGUGUCCUACGCCUUCUGGAUCAUGGCCCUCAUCAAUCUUCCAGUGCCCAUGGCCGUGCUGUUUCUGCUCUCCAAGGAGCGGCUGCUGACCUGCUAUGCUCAGCGCAAGCCCCUCCUGCUGCCUGCGGAUGAGCUCGCGCUGGAGACCCGGCCCCCUGAGAAGGAAGAAGACUCACUGUCCUCGAAGUUCCAGCCAUAUCCAGGGCCUGAGGACCUCUUCAGCUGCUGCCAGAGGAAGAACUUCCGGGGAGCCCCUUGUUCCUUCUUCGCCAUCCACAUCACGGCGGCCCUGGUCCUGUUCAUGACGGACGGGAUGACGGGGGCGUACUCCGCCUUUGUGUACAGCUAUGCUGUGGAGAAGCCGCUGUCUGUGGGCCACAAGGUGGCCGGGUACCUCCCCAGCCUCUUCUGGGGCUUCGUCACGCUGGGCCGGCUCAUCUCCAUCGCCGUCUCCUCGAGGAUGAGGCCAGCCACCAUGGUCUUCGUCAACCUGGUGGGCGUGGUGGUGACAUUCCUGGUGCUGCUUAUUUUUUCCCACAAUGUCAUCUUCCUGUUCUCGGGGACGGCUAGUCUGGGCCUGUUCCUCAGCAGCACCUUCCCCAGCGUGCUGGCUUACACCGAGGACCUCCUGCAGUACAAAGGCUGUGCGACCACGGUGCUGGUGACGGGGGCAGGCAUUGGCGAGAUGGCCCUGCAGAUGCUGGUCGGCCUGAUAUUCCAGGCCCAGGGCAGCUACAGUUUCCUGGUGUGUGGUGUGAUCUUUGGCUGCCUGGCCUUCACCUUCUAUGUCCUGCUCCUGUUUUCCCACAGGAUGCACCCUGGACCCCCCUCAGUUCCUACCCAAGACAAACCGCUCGGGAUGGAGAGCUCUGAGUGCUACCAGAGGUGAAAACGGCUGAGAGGCGAGCGAGGACUCCAGCCCCGGGCCCCAAGGCAACUAAAGCGCCACAGGAAGCCGAGGCCCGGGGCAGGCCUCUCUCACUGCCGGCGCUGGAAUCUCCUCCAUUCCUAUGCGGCUGGGUGGAAGAUGCUGAAUUCCGUCUGGGUACCUGGGUCUUCCCCUGGCAAAUCAUUAGAAGCCUGCCCGCUGAUUCCAAAUGCCUUCGGCUCCCCUGGUUUGGCUCUGGUACGAGCUGUCCAGGACACCAAGCCUGGAGGGCAGAAGGCAGCUGUGCAUGGACCACAUCCUGGGUUUGAGAUCACUCUUAGUUGAAGUUUUAAAAAAAUAGGUUGAAAUUGCAAAGCUUAACGAUCAUUGCUUUAUGUAGAUAUAUUUUAAAUCAAUCAAAACAAACCCCAAGUUACGCCCUGGCAUGUUCAAAAAUGUAUGUGCUUUACUAAGAGUCCAGAGUCCCUCCUUGCCCACUGCAGAGGCCAACAGUCACCUGUAUUGUAGGACAUCAAAGAGAGAGGCCCAAUUGUGCUCGCAGGGACACCAGUUCAGCUACGGUGUGCCCAGCUAGCUCGUGCCAGCUUAGGGAAGCUGACUGGAAAACCUUCGUUUUGAGAGCUGGUUGUCAAACGAAGCCGUGAUUAAAAUUAAAUUAACUACUUAAAUUAUAUGAAAUAUUCAAAACUUACCACCUCAUAAUCUCACUCCAGUGAUGCCCCUGGAGUUACGGCUGAGGAACCUGGGCAGUGGAGCUGUCACAUCACGGAGUGCUGCUGGGCCUCUCUUCCCAGCAGGUAGCAUUGAGACCCACCACGGUGGGGAUAUUUACACCACAGACA